GUCCCCCAGGCUGCCCCACCAUCCUCACCAAAUCCCAAUGGGGAGGACGUGCCGCCACCUGCCGCACCGCCAUGACCACGCCCGUCACCUAUGUCAUCGUCCACCACACUGCCGGCUCCUCCUGCUCCAGCCAAUCCACUUGUAUCACCCAGACCAAGAACAUCCAGAGCUACCACAUGGACUCCAAUGGCUGGUGUGACAUCGGAUACAGCUUCCUGGUUGGAGGAGACGGCAGCAUAUUCGAGGGCCGUGGUUGGACCUCGGUGGGAGCUCACGCCCCCAACUACAACUCCAACUCCAUCGGCAUCAACCUGAUUGGAACUUUCACAAGCACUAAUCCCACCACCGCCGCCCAGAAUGCCGCCAAGAACCUCAUCAGUUGUGGGGUCACCAGGGGCUACAUCAAGUCCGCCUACAUCCUGAAGGGACACCGCAAUGUCACGGCCACCGAGUGCCCUGGAAACACCUUCUACAACACUCUGAAGACUUGGCCCCGCUUCCAGGCCUGA